AAGGAUUAUGUAAUCAGAUCGCCGAACUGUACCAAAUAGUAUCAAAACAGCACAUAGGGGCUUAAAUACCCUUUGGAGAAGAUGCCUUAAUUUACUGAAUCUGGUCUAGAAGAGUGAUAUCUCCUUGGUCUCGGAUGAUAUCCAAGCAAGGCCGUGUGUAUCAAUGGAUUACAUGUUUUAUGGAGGAUUACCGUGAACUAGGAUCGGAAGAUGUCCAACCAUCGGAAAACGUCAAGAGUGGCCAAGCCUACCUUCAAAAGAAUCGCUUUGGGUUUAGUAGAGGAUAUUACCAGAGUAAAGAAACUUUUUAAGGCGAUUGAUCGUGGAAAUCUUAUUAAGGUUCAGCGUUUAUUGAGAGAAAUACUAGCUAACGGGGCAACGUUGGACAUCAGAGAUAAAGCAGGCACGAAUACUUAUGCAUAUGCCAUCAGUGCAGGAGUAUCUCCUGCUGUCGAGAUAUUGUUACGUUACAAUGUGCCUCUGGGGGAUGCCCUCUUGCGGGCAUGUGUUGCAUCUUAUGAUGAAGCAGCCAAGAUUAUCAUCAGACACGCUAUGAAACUGCCAGAUAAGGAGAGAAAAGCUAUCAUCGAAUGCCACUGUGAUAAUGAUGACUAUAUCAAAUCAUUGACACCUCUAAAGAUGGCUGCUAUGAGAAACAACUUUAACGUGGUUUCGCUUUUACUGAAAGCAGGAGCUGAAAGGAUUGAAGAACCGAAACUGGAGAGGCUAGCUGAAGCUACUCUGAAAGAGGUUGUCGAGUAUCUAGAUAUCUAUAGAGCGUUGUCAAGCCCAGCAUACCUUUGUCUGGCCCAUCGUAAUGCAUUGAGUGAUGCCUUCACACUCACCGGUAGAUUGAGGAACAUUGGUAGAUCGUGGGAGGCUGUCAACAAAGAGUUCUUUGGUCUCGCCGACCAAGUAGAAAAGUUCUGUGCAUCACUCCUUGAUCAUAUCUCAAAUUCUGUCGAACUUUCGACGCUGCUCAGUCAGAGCGAUAACCCGGAAGUAGCUCAUGCCGUUGCGCAGGUGCAGAAGGCCGUCGAUUUUCAACAGAAAGCAUUCGUAGCUCACGCGUACACCCAGAAGAGCAUGUCGGUCAACUUUUAUCGAAACAUCGACAUUCACUCCAUGAUGUUCCCGGUCAUGAGUCUACUUACAAUGUUCGGAUAUCCGGUCAUCUGUCUUGCUUAUAUCCUCAUACAGCAUCCGAGAUUAAAGUCUUUCCUCUCAACACCGCACAUCAAGUUAUGUCUUAUGUUUGGUUCUGAUCUUGCAUUCUUCGCCUGCUGUGCUGCUAUAUGUCUAGUCAACGAACAAAGGAUAAUUGAUAUCAUGAUGAUCGUCAUUGCAAUAUUUUGUUUCGCGUUCUCUUGGAAGCACGUUUGUGAGAUAAUGGAAUAUGGGAUCAGAGACUUUGUGAAAUAUUCCAUGAAUAUCGUGGAAAUAAUCAUACUCAUCAUACUCUAUACAGUAUUGAUGUUAAACUGGAUCGAGGAUCUUACGGAUGUUUACGAAGCCCGUGCGCAACAACGUCACGAUGAACGGAUGACAAUGGUGAAUAACGUCACAAUAGCAUCAAAUUUCAACCAAUCAGAUGCCACUGUGACGGAUAGUCUUGAGGAUUAUGUAUCGUCGGACUGGAAUGAUCCAUUCAUCAUUCGAUUUAAUUUGUUAGGUGAGUAA